CAAACCAAAUACUAUAAUAUGAAUAAUGCAUAUCCUAAUAGUAAUAAGUACUUUUCUAGGUGGAUAAAUACAAAAGGAAAGUACGGUAGAGGUGCAUAAAUGGCGUCGUUCUCCACGAGGAAGUGCUCACUCAAACAGAAUCUGAGUUCAGCUGCUCUUUGUUCUUCUCUCCUAGUACCAUUAUAUUUCUCUCUUUUCUAUGGAAACCCCCUUAAUAAAGGGGACGGUUGAUGCCUUAUUCUUUUUCUUCCUUGCAUUCUUCUUUCAAGGGGAUGGCGGAAGAUAUAUUCCACCACUCCAACAAGGUCUAACCUCACCCUGUUUCCUUCUAUUCUUUUCUUUACUGGGAUCCAGACACAUUGUUUUGGCCUUUUCACACUUGAAUAAAAUCUGGGUUCUUUCCAAGUUUUCUCUCUUGUUGUUUAUGGAGUUUUAUGUUGAUUGGAUUAGAUGGAAAUAUCUUAGCAGCACGUGUUACAUGGUUUGCAGUUUACACGAACACAUUGUUAAACCUAUAAUAUGCAUGCCUUUGACCUGAUAUUUUCGCACUCUGACCAUUUCUUUCGCCUUCUUUCUCUCGAAAUCUAAGAACUCAAAAGGAAUCCGAAACCAAACCCUUCUUUUAACUUUCUGCUUACACUUUAUGAGUUUUACUGUUUUAUGGAGAAUUUUACAUGGAAGCCUCAGUAAGUUCUUAUGUCCACUAGUUGUGUUUUCCGUGCUGCAUUUUCCAGUUCUUGAUCACCCUGCUGAAUCCUUAACUGUUAAUUUCUUCCUGGCAAGCUAGUUUCAAUGCCGUUUUGUUUUUCUUCUGUUUCAUGAAUCAUAAUAUAAUAUAAAGGGUAAUGUUUGAAAGACAGGAUGCGAAGUUCAUAAAGGCUCCUAAGAAAUCUCCAUUGAUAUUAACAAUGGUGGUCUUGUUUUUGCUCAUGGUUUCUGGAGUUUACAUCUUCUCCAUCUGGUUGAGGCAGAUAAGCCCACGAACAAACGCCAAAUUUCUAAACAUCAGAGUCCUUGACCACCUGCAACAGCAAUGUCAAGCUCCAAACAUUGAACAAUGGGAAGCUCCAUUUAUACAUUUUCCAAAUCCUGAAACAUUUAGCAGGAAAGAAUGUGUCUGCAACCCAGUAAGAUACUUCGCCAUAUUGUCAAUGCAGAGAUCAGGGAGUGGGUGGUUUGAGACAUUGUUAAAUAGUCAUACAAAUGUUAGCUCAAAUGGAGAAAUCUUUUCAGUUAGGGAUAGGAGAAGUAAUGUGUCUUCAAUACUGAAGACAAUGGACAAAGUUUAUAAUCUUGACUGGUUCACUAGCGCUUCCAAGAAUGAGUGCUCAGCUGCAGUUGGGUUCAAAUGGAUGCUUAACCAGGGUUUGAUGGAGCAUCACGAUGAUAUUGUGAAGUACUUCAAGAACAAUGGGGUUUCUGCAAUAUUUCUAUUCAGGAGGAAUCUGCUCCGCAGAAUGAUAUCUGUGCUUGCAAAUUCCUAUGACAAGGAUGUUAAGCUAUUGAACGGAACCCACAAAUCUCAUGUCCAUUCAUCAGCCGAGGCUCAGAUACUUGCAAAAUACAAGCCAACUAUAAAUACAACGCAACUCAUUCCUGAGCUGAAGCGAUCAGAGCAAACAACUGCCAAGGCUGUUGAAUAUUUCAGCAGCGCCCGCCAUAUAGUUCUGUACUAUGAGGAUCUUGUUAAAAACCGCACGAAACUGAGAGAAGUUCAAGAGUUCCUAGGAUUGCCAUACAGAGAGCUCAGUAGCCGUCAAAUUAAGAUACACACGGCACCAUUGUCAGAGCAAGUAGCUAACUGGGAUGAUGUUCAGAAAGCACUGGAAAAAGCGUCAUCAUAUGGGAGCUUCCUCCAUUCAGAUUAUAAAAUUUAGUUUACAGUUGUUGAUUGUUGAUUAUACUCUUUCCUCUGCUACAAUACUUGUGCUAAUCCAGCAAACUUUGGUCAGUGAGGAUUCUUCUAAUUCUGUCUUCAAGUUCAUAUCACAAUCAAGUAUUCUUGAAAUAGUUAAUCCACCUCCCUUACUAGAACUAUGAUUCUUUGGAAUAAUCACUAUAAUCAAAAGCUUAAGUAGGCAUCGACUGGCUUUUAAGUAGUAUAAAAACCAAUACUCCAAU